AUGAGUCUCAGUCGUCUUUCCAUUGUACUAUGCAGGCGGCUACAAACUCUUCCGUCCCCGAUAGUUGUCUCCUCUGCUGUACGUUCAGCCUUAGCUUCGAAAAAAGGCAUCGUCGCCCUCGAAAGUACUGUAAUCACUCAUGGCCUACCGUAUCCCAACAAUCUAGAAACAGCUAAGUUGUUGGAGGAUGUCGUACGAAGUGAAGGGUGUGAACCAGCAACUAUUGCUCUUCUGGAUGGAAAAAUUCAUGUUGGCCUAUCAAACGAACAUUUAACCAGGAUCGCCGAAUCGAGGGAGGCCGUGAAAGUGUCUCGGAGAGACAUCCCUUACGCUCUCAACAAGGGUCUGAUUGGAGGGACAACGGUCGCCGCAACAAUGUAUCUCGCCCACAUGGUUGGGAUUCGGGUAUUCGCCACUGGCGGUAUUGGUGGUGUUCAUCGAGGAGUUGACGAAACGCUGGACAUCUCAGCUGAUCUCAUCGAAUUAAUGCGCACACCUGUGACUGUGGUUUGUGCUGGAGUGAAGAGCAUAUUGGACAUUCCCAAAACAGUUGAAUUUCUGGAAACACACUCGGUGAACUGCAUAGUCUUUGGUAAACGUAAUGUGUUUCCUGGCUUUUUCACUCAAGAAACGGAAGCCAAAGGCCAAUUCUGUACCGAAAAUCUUGCCGACAUCGUCAGAAAUAUGGAAAUGUCGGAAACAUUGGGAUUGGAAGCUGGAACUGUUCUUGCAUGUCCUAUUCCGGAUACACUCCAAGGAGAUGGAAAGACUAUCGAGAACGCUGUUCAGACAGCACUGGAAGAAGCCAAGUCUAAGAACAUCAUUUCCAAGGAUGUCACUCCAUUUCUACUAUCAAGAGUGAACCAGCUGACUGCUGGUGAAUCAAUGAGAAUAAAUAUCGGCCUGCUAGAGAACAAUGCUCGAAUUGCUGGACGUUUGGCGAGACUCCUAGCGGAAUCGAAAUCACCUUGGCGAUCAAAAGCCAGAGCAUCAACGGAGAGGAGAGAGCAAGAUUCGGAGACGAAAAAACGGCCAAAAAUUGUCGUCAUUGGAGCAACUAUCGUAGACAUAGAAGCAAUCAGUAACGAAGAUGUGAAGAACGACGGUGGUUCCUACCUCGGUGAAUUGAGACGGCGAUGUGGUGGAGUUGGUCGAAACCAUGCCGAUGCUCUUGCAAGGCAUGUUUUCUUUGAUAACAAAGUUUAA